AUGGUUGACAUUCUCAAAGAGGAGGAAAACCCAACCCCACUUCGAAUCCUAGACUCCGGCAGUGCCAACAGUUCAAAGGCUGUCAAAGAAGACGCUCUGGUGGAUCAUCCAAUGAGUGAAGGUGGUCUAGAGGCAGAGGAGACAACGGCGGCAAAAGAACAGACAAAAGAAUCGAAAAACAGUUUUGAAGAGGAAGACGCCGACGAGAAUUCAGGCGAGGAGGAGGACGCCGGUGAAGACGGGCGUUUUGUCAAGCAGUUGGCGAGCAUUGGUGGAGUGGCUUUAUUUGGGUUCCAGAGGAUGAGGGAAGGCAAGGGAGGCCAUAGGGAGGUUGUUUGUGAGAGUUUGGGAUUCGUCCGUCCUUUCCUCACCACUACUAGGAGUGAAGUAGGAGAGGAGUAUGUUACAUCCUUCAAAGCAUUAGAGGAUGAAGCAGAUGAAGGGAUAGACCACCUAAUGCGGGAAGUAUUGACACUCAUGAGGUUACGACAGAGCAGUAAUGGUGAUAUAUUGUAUCCCGAUUGUGCCAUCACUGAUGUGGCCUUUGGCCAAACACUAGUAACGACAUAUGACACUUUAAUGAAAAAGGUCAUUGGUAGAGGUGCAGCAAGAGGACGCAAGCGAAAAAUAUUGGCCACAGAUGACUUCGACGGCGUCCUUGAUGAUAUUCAGUUUUAUGACAAGAACAUGCAUGUUGAUUGUGGGGCACAUGCACUGAAAUUUAUUGAGUUUGACAUGACCAACACCCCGAUAAACGUCUAUGUUCAAGAAGAGAGUUCUAAAAAAGAUGAGAGGGAUGCAGCUGAAAACAAAGAAGAAGAGGCGCGAGAAUUAUCUAAUAGAAGAAACCAUGAAGGUAUUGAUAUUGAGGACACCUCCCUUGAUGAAAUAUUUAGUGAAGACGAUAGUGACGUCGACAGAGAUGAUUCAGGCAGUGAUGGAUAUCUUUUAGAGGACUCAAGUGAUACAUAUGUAGCUGAAAGUCAUCUGGAAGAGAACGGAGCUGGUAUGGAGUCAUCUGUGCAGAACCAAGAAAUUCUUUCAGAACUGGAGAGUAAAAUGAAAAAAUUGGAAAGACUGAAAAAAAAGGAUCCAGAAUUUUCAAGGUUUUUGGAAAGUCAUGAUAGGGGUCUCAAAUCAUCCAGAAAUGAAGAUGCUUAUUCAGAUGAUGAUGAGACAAGUAAUGAUGACAUAAAUUCAGUGGAUGAUGAUGGCCCAAAUUCACAUAAGAACAAGCUCUUGACCAGCUCUGUUGUUAAUUCUUGGUGUAACCUAAUUAAAGAGCAGCAGAGUGUGCCUGCCCUUAUUAGUCUACUAAAUGGGUAUCGAGCUGCAUGCCACUAUGGAGCUGAAUCAACUGGUGCCCUUGAUGCCGGCUCCAGCUGUAGAAUUCAAGAGAGUGAAACCUUUUGCAAGAUAUUGACAUUUGUGCUUCAUGAGGCUGAUAAUGUAUUUCGUGGGAUGCUGGGAAUUUCAUCCUCAUCUAGCAAGAGGGGGACCAUUUUGGAACUGAAGAAUACUCCAAAAUGGAAAACUCUGAGGCCACUUAUCAAGUCUUAUUUGAGAAGUACCAUGUUCAUGCUGAAUCAGGCUACAGACUCUGAGAUAUUAGCUUUAUCCUUAAGCAGGCUUAGAGCUUCUGUAGUAUUUUUUGCUGCUUUUCCUCCUUUACUGCACAGACUCAUCAAGAUUGGGGUUCAUCUGUGGGCAACUGGUGAAGGGAUUUUAUCAUCUCACUCCUUUCUUCUCUUACAAGAUGUGUCUUCUGUGUUUAGUUCAGAUUUCUUCGAUAUUUGCUUAAUUAAAAUGUUCAAAGCCUUCAUUGGUCACUGCAAAUUUGUGGAGCCAGCUCUAUUCAAACACAUACAAUUUCUAAGGAACUCUUUUGUUGAGCUGUGCUCUCAAGAUCUGCAGAAAUCAUCAAGCAAGGCAAUGAUUUCCAUCCAGAAAAUGUCUAGGAUACUGCAGUUAGGUCUACAAACAAAGAAGAAGGAAGCAGUGAAGAAGAUAUGCAGUUGGCAGUUUACUAACUGCAUUGAUCUCUGGGUUACCUAUAUAUCACAUAAUGUGCACGAUUAUGAUCUUCAGCCGUUGAUUUAUAUUAUCAUUCAGAUUAUAAAUGGAGUGGCUGUACUUUUUCCAGGACCAAGAUAUCUGCCUUUAAGACGCAAAUGUGUUGAGUGGUUAAAUCAUCUCUCUAGUGCUAGUGGAAUUUUCAUCCCUGUCACUUCAUUGGUGUUGGAUCUUUUGGGAUAUAAAAUAGGAAAGGAGGGUGGGAAGCCUGGGAAGGACUUCAACUUUUCAUCUGCAGUGAAGUUGCCAAAACAUUUGCUGAAAUCCCGAAACUUCCAAGAAGAGUGUGUUUUUACUGCCAUUGAACUGCUUUCAGUGCACUUUGCUCAGUGGAGUUACAACAUUUCUUUUCCUGAGCUGGCAACUAUUCCACUCAUUCGUCUAAGGAAGUUUCACGAAAAAACUGCUAUUGAGAGUUUCCGGCGAGUUGUGAAACGCUUUGUUGAUAUGGUGGAGCAGAACAUUGAAUUUGUGCGUAAGAAGAGAGAGGAGGUGGCAUUUUCACCGAAAGAUCAGCAGUCCGUUGAAACAUUUCUUCAGCUUGAGAAGCACAGUGGCAAUGCCCCAUUUACACAAUAUUACAAAAGUGUCAUGGAAAGGGCUGCUUCUGGGAGUCUUAUUUUGAAUGGAAAGAUAAGUUUCCUUGAGCAGAAGAAAUCAAAAAGGAAAAGAGGACAACAAUCAACUGUCACCGUAGAUGCUAGCUAG